GUAAGUUUGCUUUUUUUAAACAGAGCGUUCAUCCUCGGGGCUUCUCGGUGAAUACAGCUGUCAUGUAGGUAUGGCGAGAGCAGAGGCAAGCCCCCUGACCACCCAUGUGCUGAACACCGGGGACGGCGUGCCUGCAUCGAGGAUGGCCCUCAGCCUGCACCGCCUGGACCACAACCUGCUGGUCUGGAGUCUCCUGACAGUGGGGACUACAAACGAAGAUGGCCGCUGUCCUGGGAUCAUCGCCAGAGAGGCUUUCACUCCCGGCAUGUACAAGCUCCGUUUCGAGACUGGACAGUAUUGGGAAAGCAUGAACCAAACUACCUUCUACCCUUAUGUCGAGAUCAUCUUCAAAAUUACUGACCCCGACCAGAGAUUUCACUUGCCCCUGCUCCUCAGCCGCUUCUCCUACAGCACUUACAGGGGGAGCUAAGACCACUCAACUACCCUGGAAGGAUUUUGCCAGGGGUCAAGCAUCAACUCAAGAUGACUUCCAGCUUUCCUUUUUUUUUGUUGUCUUACAUUAGAUGAGCUCUAACGUAACUGAAAGUCUUCAGUCAGUCGCACAGCGGACAAGCUGUACGACUUAUGACCUUUUUUUGCAGGGUGCAGUGACAGUACCUUUUUCAGAUUUUAUUUGAUGGAAUUUUGGACGGAAUCAAAAGCUCUCUAUACUUACUAUUUCUCAUGUAUAGUGUCUUGAUUGCUGCGUGAAGACACAACUUUGCUUACUGGGUUACAUUUUACCAAAUUAAUCUGGCUAAUUGGAUAAUUCUUGCUCCAUCUGUACAUCUGAUUUCCAAUUACAGAACUUGUGUGCAAAAGUUGGAUGACUUCAAGUUAGGCUCAGUCAAUUAGACAGUGACAUUAAGUGGGGGCGGAAUAGCUCAUUCAUGUGGCUUUUUUAACAAAACUAUCUAAAUCCAAUUGAAAACAUAAUCAUAUACACACACACACACACACACACACACACACACACACACACACACACACAUAUAAACAAACAAUACAGCAGGGGGCAUGGAGCAAAAAAAAUGAAAUACAUAUGUUCAAGGCAUCGUAUAUUUUCAAAGUCUGAAGGUCACAACUAACCUUUUUGUCAGCUAAGUGAAACGUGCGUUCUUAUAUAAUUUUAAUGUCUACAGUGAAAAUGGAAAAAGGCAGAUAAUCAAUAAAAUAUGCAAAGUAAACAAGUAUAAAGAUAAAGUAUCAAAACAUGAUAAACAAUAACCUAAAUAAAGUCAAUGAAACUUAAUCAGAGGCUACAGAAAAUAGUUCUUUGUAAUAUGACAGUGUGCGUUCAAUUUUGUUUUCGUCAUAAUAAGGGACAGUGUGUCUAUGUGCAUAUAGAACUGAACCAGAAAAGCAUCAAGGUGUAGCGAAUUCGGGGGACAACGCAACCACAGGAACUGCCGCGGACGGGAAGCGAGCCCGUAUCGUCCGCACCGCAGUAGGCAUCGCUAACCGCUAGACUAAAUGGUCAGACCCGCCAGCUAGCGGCCAGCGUGUCUUGUUAUCCACGCUACACUAGCCCCUCCUUCGGGAAGCGCGUCCCCGCGUUUAAGCAUAUCAGCUCCUUCACGCCUCAGGGCGCCUACGCUUCCGAUGGCCUUACGGUCGCUCCAUCCCACUUCUGAAACCAAUGUAGCGAAUUCGGGGGACAACGCAACCACAGGAACUGCCGCGGCCGGGAAGCGAACCCGUAUCGCCCACACCGCAGGCGACAUCGCUAACCGCUCGACUAAAGGGUCAGACCCGUUUGGGGGGGAGGGGGCUAGGGAACCUUGCUUUAUGUAUGUGACAUUUACCAAAUGCAAUUAUAAGAUUUGUCAUGUAAUUUAAAAGAUUUAUUUUCACAUUAAAAUUUAGUAAUAAUGUCUUUAGGCAUGAUUAUUACAGAAUGUCCACUCUUGUGAAAUAUAAAAUUCUCUACGUCACUCCAAAACACAGAUGAGGAGGGGCAGCGACAAAACAAAUGCAUAACCGUUUCUGGCUCAUUCAUGAGGCUUUAGUAACGGGAGGUCGCUGUAAAAACGUGUUUUGCUCUCAGCCAAUCAGAGAGAGUGGACUGUGAGGACCCAAAGUUGUCUGUUUUUUGCAUGCCUGUAAAUAAAGUCGU